GGGGUGGGGGGUCGAGCUUGGGAUGGGCCGCGGCCUCCUUCGGUUGUGGGCCUGGUGCUGGAUCCCCUGGCUCAGGCGACACCUGUGGGUCUUCGUGCACAGGCAGUGUCCUAUGGCACCGUGGCCCUGGGGGGAUUUUGACCCAGCCUCUGAUGCCCUCCAGCAUCGUUGCAGCUGUGUAGUGGGAAGGGAGCUCCUGUUGUUCUGUGAUGGAGCAUUGCUCCUGGGGUCCCCUUGCUCCUGGGGUCCCCUUGCUCCUGGGGUCCCCUUGCUCCUGGGGUCCCCUUGCUCCUGGGGUCCCCUUGCUCCUGGGGUCCCCUUGCUCCUGGGGUCCCCUUGCUCCUGGGGUCCCCUUGCUCCUGGGGCCCUUCAUGGCUGUGGAGUAGCCUUGUGGCUAUGGUGUUUCCCCUGGGUUGCCUGCUUUAAUUACGGGGCUGUGUUAAAUGGUACAGCCAGCCGGCUUCUGUGGUGCUGGAUUUUAAAGAGUUGGCUCUCUACUUGUAUCAUUCCUUGGGGAGAAGAUAAAGCCAGGGCUCAGGCAGGAAGCAGCAAUCCACAUGCUGCCCUCAUACAGAGGGAGCUGUGGACUCGGACUGGUGGGAUGUGAGGAACCUGUGGUCCAUAGGAGCUGCUGCAGGCUUCAGGCUGUAAAUAUGAAUAAAGUGCAGAAGGUAGAAUUAAAUGCUGAGGUCCCUUAAGGCUUGCUUCCCCUUUCAUGACCCAUUUGGUUUCCAGUGCAGUUGCUUAAAAUGUUGAUCAAUUAGAAAGGAACAUUUUGUUAGUUCUUGAUAUCGCUGGUGUUGUUGGAUUCUCUUUGCCCUGUUCUGUUCAUCAUCCAGACCUUUGAUUUGCAAAAUGCAUGAAACAAGGAACUGGGCACUUCUGCAGUGUUAAUAGAGACUGGUGGCAGUAUGUCUGGUGGGCAGCUCUGUGUUACUGAGCAUCCCGUGAGAUGCUCAGGAGCAAAUGAGCAGGGGCUUUGCCCUGCAGUGUCUGAUUAGCAUUUGUCUUUGGAAAAACUGUUGAAGAGAAGCAAAACUCUUUCUUAUAAACAUUUUGCUUUCUGAAUGUAUGUUCUUAUGUCAUCUCUUUGACUUCUUGUAUCUGUCUGCUUGGGGAUUUAUUUUCCUGAAUGCAUCAGAACAUUUGGGAGGGAGGGAAACGUUGCUUUGAAGCAGGCACUUCAUGCACCACAAAAAUUCUCCAAGUCUCUUGUUUUUGAGCAACAUCCAGCUUCAAUCAGGCCUUCCACAAAUCUGGGACACUUGGAGUUUUGCUAGUGUUGAAAAAGCUCCAAGGGCAGUUUUCCUUGUCUACACAGCCCUACUGUUUCUGGUUGUUGGGGGAGUUCCUGCUGCUGUUGUUAAGGGCUGCUGCCUCGGCUGUGGCUGCAGCUGUACAAGGAAUUGCCUCACCGAGUGCAGAGCAGUUUGCAAGGAGAAUAUUUGUCCCAGAGCUGACCUGGCUGGGCGGUGUGUGUGGAGGGCUCUGGUUGGGGUGGGAAAGCGCCCUCUGGAAUGUCUGUUUCCCAGCAGCUCGUGGUGCUGUUACCAGAGACACUUCUUCCUGUCUGUUGAGAAGCGCUUUGGCAGCAGUCUUUUGUCGGUGACAUUUAUAAGUUGCAAAGAAACUAUGAAUUGUGUUUUUAUAUGUAGGUUUAGAGGGAAGGAGGGACUCUGAGGCUCACUGCACUGCAAUAGCUUCAAGAGCAGCUCCUGAAAGACCUCUUAGACGUUUCCCUACAGAUGUUUGUAGCCAACACGCAGCUCGACUGCACGGACUCUUCUUAAGUGAAGUCCACAGCGGGCGCCGGGUCGGAGGCUCGAUGAGGAGCGGUUCCUGCCGCCGUCCUCCGCACGCCGCUGGUUCCCGCUGGCGCCUCGGCGCCUCGCCCGGUUGCCGGCAUCCCGCGCGGGUUCCGCCCUGCGCCUGGCGCCGGGCCGCGCUGCUGUCCAAGGUCCUGCACGGCCCCCGUGCUCCGCCCUGGGGGUCUUCGUCGCUGCGCUCUCGGGAGAUUCGGACGUGUCAGCAUGGCAGAGCUUUUCACGAUCCUUGGGCUUUUCGAGAAAAACGGGCCCUCGUUGAAAAGCUCCAUUUUUGGUAGAGCCAAAGGUUGAGUUUGCUACAGGAGUUAUUGAAAUAGUUGCAUUAGAAUUGAAGAAUCGUCUGCUUGGCUCUUUCUUGCUCAGCUGAGGGUGAAAAUCACUUUGAACACAGAGAGGUUGAUGUUUGACUUUCAUUUUAAGAUGGAGCAGGAAGGCUUGGGCUUGCUGUUGGAACAAGGGCGGUUCACAGACUCUUCAUAGUCUUAUGCUAUCCGUUGUCAGAGCUAAAAGCAGAGCUGAAGCAAUGGUGAUGGAUGAGUGCUUUGCUUCACCGUUCCACUAGCCUGCUGUCCCCCAUUUCCAUGAUUUUAUAGGAUAGUUGGACUUAACGUCCCUCAAGGGACAGUGCUGUAAGGAUUUGCUGAUUGAUUAUGAAUGUAAAUCGUGCUUAAAAUGUGUCAAAUUCAACUUAGUUUAUAAAUACAUUGUAGGUUAGACCUCAGUAUUGGCUUUCAGGGCACCCAAAUUUCCUGUGCUCUGCCAAAUCUCGAGGAGUGUUAGAAAUGAGAUAGAGAGGAAAAAGUCAGCUCUGCAGAACAAAGUUUUCCAGCUCUCCAGUUGUAUUGCAUGUAUGUAUGCAUUCUCUCCUAAUUCAAACUGGAUGUAAAGCAAGGUCCCAGUUCACAUUUUGUCUGUCUUCUAACAUCUGCAUGUGCUUUUCUGCACAUAAGCGGUGCUGGCCUGCAGUCUGCAAAUGAGACCAUUGCUUGGAUCUGCACUCCAGAGUGCCUGUUUCAAAUUCGGGGGGUCACACGUAAUAAUUCCAGCAAGUACUCCUAGCUUAUUGCUGCGUGAGAGCCUGGCUUCAUGACUUUGAUGCCUGUGGACCAGCUAGCUCAGGGAUUGGGAGCUGCGGGAGUGUUUCAAUGUUUUGAUUUCUGCCUGUUGGGUCCUCAGAAGCCAUCCUGUGCCUCACAGUUCCCUCAUCCUGGCAUACCAAGCUGUGUCCUGAAUCUCUGCUGGCACAGCAGUGCGCUCUGACCAUUCCUGCAGUUGUGAUCUCACAGCUCUCGUUAAAGAAUUGUUUACUGAAGCACGUGUACUUUUCCUCCAGCCCUGCUCUUCUUUGCUAAGUGUGAUCGCAAUCCAAGUUUGGAGAAUUAGCCUGGCUCAGCAGUUGGUGCAUCCCCAAACCAGUCCCCUCUGUGCAGCAUUGUGGAGCAUUCAGCUAUUUGUUUUGACCUCAGAACUAUUAUUUGAGGCAGAGGAUGAGAUAUUUUGCAAAACUCUUUCCAGAUUUGAAUGCAGUCACUUCUAUUUUGUGCCCUUCACCAGGCUUAUUGUUGCUUCAGAGCAGGAGGUGAGCUGCUAACGAGUGGCAGAGUCACAAUCACAGAAAAAUGAGUAUCACCUCGUGCUGUGACGUUCCAUACGAAGGCCAAAAAAAGCUGAUGCAUCCAGUAUGUAGGCUUUGUUAUUGCUUCAGAUCAGGCAGUGAGCUUGAACGUCACUGUUUCAUGCUCUUCCAACCUCUGAACGUGUCAUUCGCAAGCUCUGCUCCUGGUGAGGCCCGUUGCCCUUGUGCUUGUUUUCUGCACACAGUGACCUGCUGCUCACCUGGCAGGAGGUGGAAGGUGUCUGCUGGGUUGUGAUUGUCCACAGAAUGUGUGAUUUAUUUUGCAAAGUGAAAAAAAGCACCUUGAAGACAGCAGUUACGUGCUUUCACACGGGGAAUGCAGGCACAAAGGGGAGAAGUGGUGCUGCUAACAUGAAACAGGGUGGAAUGAGGAAUUAUGCUUGGAUGUCAGCUGUUCGUGUGCUCUUGCUUUAAGCUAUAUGUAAGAUGAUGAUGACAGGGUUUACUUUCAACGUGGCUGUGUUUUUUGCUGCUUUAUGAUGUAAACAAUCUCUUUUUAAAUCUUUGUAGCGCGAAGUCGUUUUGAAAGAAGGAAGCGCUGCACUGGCUGUCUCUGGUGGGACUCCUGCAGCAAUGCAGUGUGACCUUCUGUGUGCUCCAGGAGAUUGAAUUUCUCCCAGAAUUUCAUCACUGGGUUCAAUAACCUUAAGCAGAGUGGCUCUCUUUUCAAAGGAUUUCCAAGGAUGAAGUUAUCAGUCUCUUUACCAGCAGCUUAUCACCUUCAGAACAGCUUUGCCUUCCAUUUUUUAAUGUAUUUUCCCUUGUCUUCUGUUACUCAGGCCGAGAUCCUUGUCCCUGUGGCUCCACCCUCUGCGAUGUGCACAGGCAGUGUUCAAGUUACCUCUUGAUCUUUCUUCGUCUUAAGUAGGUUCAGAUGCCUCUAGUUUUCCAGGCUGGGUCACUUUGCAGUUCCUGUCCUGAAUGCUCUCCAAGAACUCACUCCUCGCUGGAGAACUUCACAGGCCCCAGUAGGUGGGAGCAACUUUCUGUUGACAUUCGUAAACUGGACAAUAUGAAUCUGUUCUUUGUCAGUGAAGAGUUUACUUGCUUUACUGCUUCUUGGACAUACCAUGAGACUGCCGUGGAGGAGCAUCUCUGGAAGAUUUGAGCAUCACGUGCAAUGGAUGCUCUCGCACAGCAGCUGUGUCCGCUCCGUGUGUGGGCCACUUGCUGGAGUGCUGUUCAGGGAGGCAGGUUAGCACCACAGGCCAGAAUUUCCCAUUUUCUGGGGAGCAGCUCUGCCAGAAGCACUUUGGUGGAGGCUCUGGCAUGCAGGUGUGCCCUGAGAUUCCCCUCCCAGAGAAACAAAGUUAGCAGUCUGCUUCUACUGCAGAGGUCGGGGCUAAAAGCAGCUCGCUCUGGCAUGUCUUUGAGCAGGCAGCGAGUCACAGUUGUGAAGGUUAAAUCUUGAUUUGGGCACACGUUAUUUGUGCCUCUCAGGAGGGGAACCACUUAGGACCCAGAUCUUAAAGUCCUCCCAGUUUUUAAUACGUGCCCCUAGGCUGUACACACAGUGGGCUGCAAUUGUGGACAUGUCAGUGGCAGUUAUACUGCAGAAACUGCAUUGACGUCAGAAGAGAGUCCCAGUGGCAAUGAUGCAGUUGCUAGAUGGUUGAUUUUGGAUUUUGUUUAUUCUAGAAGUAACUGAAUGCACCUGAAAUGUUCAACAGAGUGAAGCUGGUGUGAAAGCACAGAGCUUUAAGUGCCUGUGUGGGUGCAGAUUGACUUCCACUACUGUUCCAGAUUCUGCUGCAUCCUGCUAAAUCUGUCAAUCUGGAGGCUAAGGAGAUGAUGCUUUCUGGACUGCUGUGGGUCCCACAGUUACUAACCUUUGUUUUGGUCAUUGUUUCUGGUGAAAACUGGAGUUAAGACAGCUUUUGGUAUUUUUCUUACAGCUUUUCCUAUUGGUCUAGAUUUAGAUGUUGCUUUCUAUUGAUAACGAUUUCUCUGUGCAGCUAAAUCACAAAGGCUGAGGUUGGACUCGCCUGGCAUGGACCUUUCUUUGGAGACCACAGCCUCAGGACGGGCGUUUGCAUGCUUCUAGGAUCGUGUGUAAAGCUCCCAGCUUUCAGAACUAUACCCUCCGCAGGUGUUACAGCCGUGUGAAGGAGCAUGGUGUUGGGAAGAGGAAAAGCAGCUACACGUUCGAACAGCUGGAGCAGGUGUUUGGGCAGGGAGGAUGGGAUUCCCAGCCCUGCCAGCCUGUCCUCAUCAACAGCAGUGGCUUGUACCAGGAGCUGGAGUCGGAUGGCAGCACCAUGGAGGAGUACUCGCAGGAGGACUGGGGAAACCACAGUCAGGAUCUUCAUUGCUACCAGACCGGUGAGCAGGAAUUAGAUGAAAUGCCUACCACAAAAAGAACAUUAAAGAUAAAACAGGAAUCUUCAGAAGAUGCUCAGAAGCGCGACGUCAUGCAGAACAUUAUGCAAAUCUUGGAGUCUGUGCAGUUGAAGUGGGAGCUGUUCCAGAGCUGGACGGACUUCUCCAGGCUGCACCUCUCCAACAAACUGGCCAUUUUCGGCAUCGGCUACAACACGCGCUGGAAGGAGGACAUUCGCUACCACUACGCGGAGAUCAGCUCGCAGGUGCCGCUGGGCAAACGGCUCCGGGAGUAUUUCAACUCGGAGAAGCCGGAGGGCAGAGUCAUCAUGACCAGAGUGCAGAAAAUGAACUGGAAGAACGUGUACUACAAAUUCCUGGAGAUCACCAUCAGCGAAGCGAGGUGCCUCGAGCUGCACAUGGAGAUUGACUGGAUACCCAUCGCUCACUCCAAGCCGACGGGAGGCAACGUCGUCCAGUAUUUAUUGCCCGGGGGCAUCCCCAAAAGCCCGGGUCUGUACGCCAUCGGCUACGAGGAGUGCCACGAGAAGCCCCACUCGCCUCUGGCCGAGCCGCGGGGCGCCGAUCCCAGCCAUGAGACUCCGGGGGAGCUGGAGGCGCCGUCGCCGCAGGCCUCGCUGCGGGUGGAGAUGGAGUCCGCCCGCAUCAUCUACUGUUACCUCGGCAUCGCCGAGGUCAGGACUCUCCAGCAGUGCCUGUUUUUACAUUUCCAGGCAAACACCAAAACCUUCAGCAAAGAGUGGGUUGGGAUCAACGCGUUUUUAUCUCAGAACUGCGUCGUAGAGCCCGGGGUCUCCCCAAAAUCCAUCUACAUCAAAUUUGUGGAAGUGGAGAGGGAUUUUCUUUCCGCUGGCUCUUUGGUAGAGUGCCUGGAAAAAGCCAUUGGAUACCCCUUAAAAUUCAACAACUGAAUCUCGUCCUUCAUAAGGACUGCGGCUUCUGCCCGUUCCCCAUCUCACCGUCGGACGCUGAUGGAUGCUGCGCACGGCCGCCAGGCGAAGGCGCUGCUCAGCAGCGUUUGAGGGGGGCUGCUGGGCCGUGGAGCAGCGCGGGGCGACGAGGGCAGGCUGAGCCCUGCCCCGCACAUCCCAUACAUUCCAUGUCGGACGGAGCGGACGUUUCAUACGAAAAGCUGUUUUCCACAAGGUCUCAUUUUUACACAUCCGUCUCUAUAAGUGUUAUUACAGAUCUGAAUAAAUAAGCAAUAGAUAACGGCGAGUUAAAUCUUGAAUCACGUUAAAGGAGACUGUUUUUCAAAGCCACCCUUAGAUACUAUUGUAUAUAAUUUAGAAAUUCACUUUUUUCACCCAUCCAGUGUUCUCCUAUCUCCAAACAGUGUUGCCUGCAAAGACUUUUGUUUCUGUGAUGUAUUCCACUUUCCUAGUAGUGUUGCCAUAUCCGCUUUUAUUUUAUUUUAUUUUAUUUUUUAACAUUAAAAUAAUUCCCGGGCUUUUAUUAUUUUUA